GCCCGGAUCUUGUAAAUGAUAAAAGAGUACAAAUGCCGCCCCAAACCAGUACGGGUGCCACGCACAUCCCCAACCCGUCAUUCCUGGUUCCUGGUUUCAUGAGUAGAUUCCUUCCGCUAAUUUCAUCAAAUGCCCUUUACUUCGAAUUCUUAAAAAACGGACUUCAGAA